ACUGCCCCUAAUGCCUGGAAAAAUACCAAAACAUAUCACGCACAUUGCGGAAUCUGAUCAAGAGUUUUAAUUAUUUUUACCCCCAUUGCGUCGAUUAAGACCCAAAAUAGGUAAAAUCCGGAACAACAAAGGCCACCAAAAGGCCAACAAGUCGAAACAGCAGUGGCACAAAAGGGGAAAGGCCUCCGCUGAGGCUUCAAAAAUCUUGCGCGUGUUGUCUGCCAACAGCCCCCAAAAAAAGGCUCCUCCUGACUCCGUCAUGAAUGUAGCAACGCAAGAAACAGAGGUCUCCAGUACAAGUACCAAAAUGCCCAGAGCAGCGAGGCAGCCUAAUAACUUCGUGAAGUUAAAAGACGGCAAACCCAAGAACUCGCACAAAAGCCUGAAACACAAAGCGAAUAAAAAGAAACUUGAUCGCCAAUUGGUAGCUAAGCUUUUAGACUCCAUUAAGAAAAAGAACAAAGCCCAGACUAAUCCACGAAUUAAGCGGAGAUUGGACUUCAAAAGCAAAGUGUCGCCAGCAAAAAAAUCCGGGCUUCCCAAACCAAAGUUCUACAGACCACAGAAGUCCUCUAAAGAACCUGACCAACGUCAAAAUGAGACUAUUGAAGACGGGGAAGUCGUUGAAGAGUUAAUGAGCAGCGACGAUGACGACUGCGUGUUGCUGGAGACCCCGAACGUCACUAUAAAUAUUGACGAUGAGGAGCCAUGUACAAGUGAAAACUUCUUUAAAGAUUGCCAGAGUCUUCAGACUGUUGAAACUCUCACACAACCAAAAAUAGUCACAGAUCUGAAUGGCGAGGCUGCUCUUCGUAUAAAACAACAAACUGAAAAUGAAGUGUUGUAUUCUACCAUCGUUAAGACUUCCGAAUUAAAGAAGUCCAUCAUAACCUUGGAAGAUAGCCCAGUACAAGUGCCGAGUCCAAUAGCAGAUAACAACGAUUCGGUAAUAUUUAUUGAGGACACUGUUGGCGGACUAGAUUUCAUCCCAAUCCCGUCUUACUCGCCGCCGCCAAGGAAGGGGAAAAAGCUUAAAAAGAGUCCCAGGCUUGCGGAUAAGCCCAAAAUGAGUCGGCGAAUGAAUGACAGCCUUUUUACAUCUGCUGAAAAGAAACAACUUGGAGAUUAUAACAGCAACACAUACAACCCUUCGAAGGACACUGAAGAGACCAGUGACUCAAAUAAAAAUUCAAAUAAGCGGCCGAUUAUCAUCGACGGCAGCAAUGUGGCUUUUGCGCAUGGAAACUCAAACGUGUUUUCUUCAGAGGGGAUCAAAUAUUGCUUGCAGUAUUUCGACAAAAUGGGCCAUAAUGCCAAGGCUGUGAUUCCAAUGUUUCGCAAAAACAACUUUAAAUCGUCAAAUCCCGAGCUCCUUGAUAAGCUACACAAGGAGGGCAAAAUUGUACUUACGCCAUGCAAGAACAUUCCCGGCCAAAUGUCCAGCAGCUACGAUGAUCGCUUCAUUUUGCAGCUGGCCUACGAAUGCAAUGCUGCCAUAGUUUCCAAUGACAACUACAGAGACCUGAUUCACGAAAGUCCAGCAUUCAAAAAGAUCAUCGAGAACCGCGUGCUCGGAUAUACGUGGUGCGACAAUAUAUUCAUACUUCCCAAAGACCCGUAUGGACGCUGGGGACCCACACUCGAUGAAAUUCUGCGUUGCUAGUACUCAAGGUUUUUAGUUCUCUAUUUAUGUUAAAAUUUCGUUUAGUUUUGUGUUAAGCUUUUGAUAUAUUAUAUAUUCUUGCAGUCCUUCCGAUUUACAUUUUCUGAUAUUGUAUGUAUUUCAAUAAGUGCUAAGCUGAUGAGAAUUCGAAAAAUAUUUUUUUUCUUCAUUAAUAGUUUUCACCAGAUACAUUUAUUUGGUUAUGCAUAAAUGUGUAAAUAAGUGGUGUAGUCUUAAGUACGAAUAUAAAUGUUAUAUCUCGCCAAAACAAAAAGAA